UACGCUUUGGAAACAAGAACGUGGAGAGCUCGAUCUUAAAGCUACUGAAAUUUGGGGAGAAAAAUGGCAAUUUCUAGCAUUGCAAUAGGAUCUCCGGCGGAAGCCGGCCAACCAGAUGCUUUGAAGGCGGCUCUCGCCGAGUUCAUCUCCAUGCUCAUUUUCGUUUUUGCCGGCGAAGGUUCUGGCAUGGCAUUCAACAAGCUGACUGAUAAUGGUUCAACAACGCCGGCCGGUCUAGUGGCUGCCUCUGUGGCUCACGCAUUUGCUCUAUUUGUUGCGGUUUCGGUAGGUGCUAAUAUUUCCGGCGGGCAUGUAAACCCUGCUGUUACAUUCGGUGCCUUCGUUGGUGGCCACAUAACAUUGAUUAGAAGUAUUCUCUACUGGAUUGCCCAAUUGCUCGGCUCUGUGGUUGCUUGCUUGCUUCUUAAGUUUGCCACCGGUGGAUUGGAAACAUCUGCUUUUGCAUUAUCAUCUGGAGUUGGCGGAGGGAAUGCACUUGUUUUCGAGAUUGUUAUGACCUUUGGUUUAGUGUACACUGUAUACGCAACCGCUGUAGACCCAAAGAAGGGUGACAUAGGGAUUAUUGCACCCAUUGCAAUUGGUUUCAUCGUGGGUGCCAAUAUCUUGGCUGGUGGUGCUUUUGAUGGUGCAUCCAUGAACCCAGCAGUCUCCUUUGGACCAGCAGUGGUCAGCUGGACAUGGGAUAACCACUGGGUCUACUGGCUAGGUCCAUUCCUUGGCGCUGGCAUCGCUGCCGUUGUUUAUGAGAUGUUCUUCAUUAGUCCAACCACACAUGAACAGUUUCCCUCUGGAGAUUUUUAAGAAGACAUCAGAUAAAUUUUCUUUUCCUUCUCUCUUUGUUAAAUAUUGUGGUGAAAGAAAAGGUUGAAGGUUGGGUUUGGUUUGAAUGCUGUAUUGGUGACGUUUUAUGUAGUGAUUGUCUUUAAUUAUUGAUAAUUCCUAUAACCUAGUUUUUAUUAUUAUUA